GGCGCUUGUAAGAGGGGAAGAACGGGUCGUAGCCGUACGAGGUCAUAACUGCGGGGGGCUAGCAGCUGCUCUGCGGACCGGCGCCGCCCGACCGCCGAGAGGAGAGCAGUGUGUGCCAGGAAGAUGGGAAAGUGUGUCUGCAGACAGCCCUUCAAUCUUGAGUUUCAGUGUGACUCAGAGCCAUCUACAAUUACGACGCUGUCCAAGAUGUGGAGCUCUCCUUGCAAGUUGGUGAUACAGUUCACAUUCUGGAGAUGUAUGAAGGCUGGUACCGAGGAUACACGCUCCGAAAUAAAUCCAAGAAGGGCAUUUUCCCAGAAACAUAUAUCCAUUUAAAAGAGGCAAUUGUGAAGGACCGGGGACAACAUGAAACAGUGAUUCCAAGUGAAUUGCCCCUUGGACAAGAACUCACUUCUACCCUGAGGGAGUGGGCAGUUAUCUGGCACAAGUUGUAUGUGACUAACAAGACAACACUGUUCCGGCAUGUUCAGCAAAUGACUUACAGCCUGAUAGAGUGGAGGUCACAGAUACUGUCUGGGACCCUCCCCAAAGAUGAGCUUGCUGAGCUCAAGAAGAAAGUCACUGCUAAGAUUGACUACGGCAACAGGAUCCUAGGUUUGGACCUGGUUGUACGAGAUGACAAUGGGAACAUCUUGGACCCCGAUGAAACCAGCACCAUCUCUCUCUUCAAGUCCCAUGAGACUGCAUCCAAGAGGAUCGAUGAAAGGAUCCAGGAGGAGAAGUCCCUGCAACAGAAUUUGGACCUCCGAGGACAGCCAAUAUUCAACACCACACACACAUACAGCCUGUAUGUAAACUUCAAGAACUUUGUCUGCAAUAUUGGAGAAGACGCAGAGCUGCUAAUGAGCCUCUAUGAUCCUGAUCUCUCCAAAUUCAUCAGUGAAAAUUACCUGGUUCGUUGGGGCAGUAAUGGGAUGCCUAAAGAAAUUGAGAAACUAAAUAACCUUCAAGCAGUCUUUACUGAUUUAAGCAGUUCUGACUUGAUCAGACCGAAAAUCAGCUUGGUGUGCCAGAUUGUGAGAGUGGGGCAUAUGGAGCUGAAAGAUGGGAAGAAACAUACCUGUGGACUCCGGAGGCCCUUUGGUGUGGCAGUGAUGGACAUAACUGAUAUCAUACAUGGGAAGGUGGAUGAUGAGGAAAAGCAACAUUUUAUUCCAUUUCAGCAGAUUGCCAUGGAAACAUACAUCAGACAGCGACAGCUCAUCAUGUCCCCACUGAUAACUUCCCAUGUGAUCGGAGAAAAUGAGCCCCUCACUUCUGUCUUCAACAAAGUCAUUGCUGCAAAGGAAGUGAAUCACAAAGGGCAAGGUCUUUGGGUCUCCCUGAAGCUGCUUCCUGGUGAUCUAGCACAGGUUCAAAAGGAUUUUUCCCACCUCGUAGACAGAUCAACUGCUGUGGCUCGCAAAAUGGGAUUCCCUGAGAUAAUCCUUCCUGGUGAUGUUCGAAACGAUAUCUACGUCACCCUGAUACAAGGGGAGUUUGACAAAGGGAAGAAGAAGACUCCCAAGAACGUAGAAGUCACCAUGUCCGUGCACGAUGAAGAUGGAAAUCUCCAAGAGAAAGCUAUCCAUCCUGGUGCUGGUUAUGAAGGUGUCUCCGAAUACAAGUCUGUUGUGUAUUAUCAAGUCAAGCAACCUUGCUGGUAUGAAACUGUGAAGGUGUCCAUUGCAAUAGAAGAAGUCAGUCGUUGCCAUUUAAGAUUCACUUUCCGUCAUCGGUCGUCACAGGAAUCUAGGGAUAAGUCUGAGAGAGCUUUUGGCAUGGGCUUUGUGAAGUUGAUGAAUGCAGAUGGAACAACACUGCAAGAUGGCAAACACAACUUGAUUGUUUAUAAGGGUGAUAACAAGAAAAUGGAAGACGCUAAAAGCUACUUAACUCUCCCUUGUACCAAAACGGAGAUGGAGGAGAAGGAGACCCCCUCGGGGAAGAAUCUGCACCAUCUAACCAAUUUCACACCCACUAAAGAUAGCACAAAAGACAGCUUCCAGAUUGCCACUUUGAUCUGCUCCACCAAACUUACCCAGAAUGUUGACCUGCUGGGUUUGUUGAACUGGCGUUCUAACUCCCAGAACAUAGCUCACAACCUAAGGAAGCUAAUGGAGGUGGAAGGAGGAGAAAUUGUAAAGUUUUUGCAAGACACCCUCGAUGCACUUUUCAACAUCAUGAUGGAAAUGUCAGAGAAUGAAACCUAUGACUUCCUUGUGUUUGAUGCGCUGGUAUUUAUUAUUUCUUUGAUUGGAGACAUCAAGUUCCAGCAUUUCAACCCUGUACUUGAAACUUACAUUUACAAGCACUUCAGUGCAACCCUGGCAUAUGUGAAACUCACCAAAGUACUGAACUGUUACGUGGGAAAUGCUGAUGACUCCAGCAAGACAGAACUGCUGUUUGCUGCUCUGAAAGCCUUGAAGUACCUGUUCCGAUUCAUUGUUCAGUCCCGAAUAUUGUACCUGAGGUUUUAUGGGAAAAGUGAAGCUGGGGAUGAAUUUAAUGAUGCAAUACGCAAGCUCUUCCUCUCCUUCAAUGUCCUCAUGGACCGGCCUUUAGAGGAGGCUGUCAAGAUUAAGGGUGCAGCUUUAAAGUAUUUGCCAAGCAUCAUAAAUGAUGUCAAACUAGUAUUUGACCCUGUUGAGCUCAGUGUCCUCUUCAGCAAUUUUAUCCAGAGUAUUCCUGACAACCAGUUAGUUCGACAGAAGCUGAACUGCAUGACCAAGAUAGUCGAGAGUGAUCUGUUCAAACAGGCUGAAUGCAGAGAUGCUCUUCUGCCACUACUCAUAGAUCAGCUAAGUGGCCAGUUGGAUGACAACUCAAACAAGCCUGACCAUGAGGCCUGCUCACAGCUUCUUAGCAACGUUCUUGAAGUCCUGGAUCGGAAAGAUGUGGGGCCCACUGCUGUCCACAUCCAGCUGAUCAUGGAACGCCUGCUGAGGAGGAUAAACCGCACAGUGAUUGGAAUGAGCAGACAGUCUCCGCACAUAGGUAUUUUUGUGGCCUGCAUGACAGCCAUCCUGAGGCAGAUGGAUGAUUUCCAUUACAGCCAUUACAUCAAUACUUUCAAAACCAGGCAGGACAUUAUUGACUUCCUGAUGGAAACAUUCAUUAUGUUUAAGGAUCUGAUUGGAAAAAAUGUCUAUGCAGCUGACUGGAUGGUCAUGAAUAUGAUGCAGAGCAGGGUUUUCCUCCGGGCAGUGAACCAGUUUACCUCUGUACUCAACCGUUUCUUUCUGGAUCAAACCAGUUUUGAACUCCAGCUCUGGAAUAACUAUUUCCAUUUGGCAGUGGCCUUUCUCACACAUGAAUCCCUCCAGCUGGAGACCUUCUCACAAGCCAAACGCAACAAAAUUAUCAAGAAGUAUGGGGACAUGAGGAAAGAAAUUGGCUUCAAAAUAAGGGAUAUGUGGUAUAAUCUGGGUCCCCACAAAAUAAAGUUCAUUCCAGCAAUGGUAGGCCCAAUCCUGGAGGUAACCCUGGUCCCAGAGCCUGAGCUACGGAAAGCCACCAUUCCUAUCUUCUUUGAUAUGAUGCAGUGCGAGUUUAACUUCAGUGGGAACAGAAACUUCCAUAUGUUUGAAAAUGAGUUGAUAACCAAGCUGGACCAGGAAGUGGAGGGUGGCCGAGGGGAUGAACAGUACAAGAUUCUGCUGGAGAAACUCCUCCUGGAGCACUGUCGGAAGCAUAAAUACCUCUCUGCAUCUGGAGAAGUGUUUACUUUGCUGGUGAGCAGCCUCCUGGAGAACCUGCUGGACUACAGGACCAUCAUGCAUGAUGAGAGCAAGGAGAACCGCAUGAGCUGCACUGUCAAUGUGCUGAAUUUUUAUAAGGAGAAGAAACGAGAGGACAUUUAUAUCAGGUAUCUGUAUAAACUCCGGGACCUGCACACUGACUGUGAGAACUACACAGAGGCAGCGUACACUCUCCUCCUGCACGCAGAGCUGCUCCAGUGGUCUGAGGAGCCGUGUGUCCCUCACCUUCUGCAGAGGGACAGCUACUGUGUCUACUCGCAGCAGGAACUCAAGGAGAAACUCUACCAAGAAAUUAUCUCCUUCUUCGACAGGGGCAAAAUGUGGGAAAAAGCCAUUCAACUAAGCAAAGAGUUGGCUGACAUGUAUGAAAACAAGGUCUUUGAUUAUGAAGGACUUGGAAAUCUCCUGAAAAAACGAGCUACCUUUUACGAGCACAUCAUGAAGGCAAUGAGGCCUCAGCCAGAGUACUUCGCUGUUGGGUACUAUGGUCAGGGUUUCCCCUCUUUCCUCCGGAAUAAGAUUUUUAUCUACCGUGGCAAAGAGUAUGAACGAAGGGAGGACUUCAACCUGAAGCUACUGACCCAGUUCCCUAGUGCUGAGAAGAUGACCAGCACUGCUCCUCCAGGAGAAGAGAUCAAGUCUUCUCCUAAACAGUAUGUGCAAUGCUUUAUUGUGAAGCCUGUGAUGAACCUGCCACCUAAUUAUAAAGAUAAACCUGUUCCUGAACAGAUCUUAAACUACUACAGAGCAAACGAGGUGCAGCAGUUCACACACUCCCGACCAGUCAGGAAAGGAGAAAAAGAUCCAGACAACGAGUUUGCUAACAUGUGGAUAGAAAGGACAACCUACACAACAGCAUAUUCAUUUCCAGGCAUCCUCAAGUGGUUUGAAGUCAAACAGAUUACGACGGAAGAGAUCAGCCCCUUGGAGAAUGCCAUAGAAACAAUGGAGCUAACCAAUGAGAAAAUCAGCAACAUUGUGCAGCAGCAUGUCUGGGACCGGAGUCUUCCUGUGCAUCCUCUCUCUAUGCUCCUGAAUGGGAUUGUGGACCCAGCAGUGAUGGGGGGAUAUACCAACUAUGAAAAGGCCUUUUUCACAGAGAGGUAUCUUCAAGAACAUCCCGAAGAUCAAGAUAAAAUUGAACUGCUCAAGCAACUAAUUGCUCUACAGAUGCCACUGUUGGCAGAAGGGAUCAGGAUCCAUGGUGAGAAGCUGACAGAGCAGCUGAAGCCUCUGCAUGACAGACUGACAGCCUGCUUCAAGGAGCUGAAGAAGAAGGUGGAGAAGCAGUAUGGUGUGAUCACUUUGCCUCCCUCCCUCACCGAAAGGAAGCAGAGCAGGUCAGGCUCUGUGGUGUUGCCCUAUAUCAUGUCCUCCACGCUGAGACGACUCUCUGUGACAUCUGUGGCAUCUUCUGUGAUCUCUUCAUCUUCCACAUCGUCUGAUAGCACUUCUUCCAGACCAGGUUCAGAUGGAUCUAUUCUGGAACCUCUCUUGGAGAGAAGAAUAUCAACAGCUUCCAGAGCUGAGGAACUGCCUGUGAAAGAUGAUGGUGAUAACCGGAUUAGCAAACUGAAGCGGAAGGAGUGGAGUAUUAGCAAGUCUCAGGUUAUUGUAGAGAAGGAGCCAGAAAUGGAACUGACUUCCAAAAUGGGCAUGUCAGGAAAAGCACAAAGGCCAAAGAGUCUGCAAUUAGGAGACAACAGACUGACUUUGCUUCAGGGUUCCUCGCUCCAGCAAUCAACACCUCGAAGCCCACCACCCAUCACUCCCAAAACCCCAAGAACCCAAAGUUUUCCCUCCUUGCAAGCUGAUGGACUGGCGAGUGCUGGCUUACAGAGCACCCCACCUCCCCCUCCACCCAAGAGCAAGCCCUAUGAGAACAGCAACCCCAGGAAUACUGUGGAGGUUGCUCCACCACUCCCCAGCAGACGUGAAGCCAAACCUCCUCCUCCACCCCCAAAAACCAGGAAAUCCAGCGUUGUCUCUUCAGAGCAAGGCUUAUAGUGAGGAUCAGCACUUGCUGGAGCAACAGCAAGCACCCAGAGUGAAAUGCCUGCUUUCUUUUUACUGACAGUGCUGGGCUCUCUGACCCAAAACACCAGUGAUCUCACCUGCCAUUCCAUUCACUCCCUUUGGAGUUUUCUUUGGGAAAUACCAAAAGGAACUGAUAUUGUGACUGUAUUCCCUAACGUCUGGUUUACCUUUCCAGUACUGAGACACUAAUCACAUAGCAGGAGAAGUCACCCUGCUGGAAUUUUUCUCUGUCUUAAGUCUUGUCUGUCCCAAGUUCUUUCACUGAUGCAAUUUCAGGAGCUCAUUCCUAGUGUAGACCUGUCACAGUAGUGAUUUGCACCAGUGUUUGGAACAAGGUAAGCCACGCCAGUAUGUGUCCUGCAGUGUUUUCAUGUAAGUUCAUUACACUUCACAGCUGCACUUCCCUCCUCCUGUCCCUGUGGCAUAGCCCAGCCCUGAUCUGCAUGAAGUGAAGCAGAUCACAGCCAGCCCUGAGUUGUGAAAUGUCAGGUGCUGGUGUAUGAUGUGCAGUCUCCAAAGGUUCCUGAGUGCAGGCAGAGACCUGAGCAUUGUUAGCAGAAUAAGGUCUUUUUUUUCUGCUAGUGAUCAUAUGUAUUGCAGAUGAAGUGCAGACAUUCUGCCUUCACCUUAAAUACAUACAUCUACCAUCUCUGCUCUGAGUAGUGGCAGUUGCGCAUUCCCAAUGGAGAGUUUAGGUUCACCAGUACUUUGUCAUGAUUUCACUGUUGAUUCUGGUUUUAACACUACAGAGCAGUUGAUACUCCACCCUGAAUUAUGUUACCUACCCAGUUUGUGCUUGCGUCUGGGACUUGGUAGAAUGUUUCAUCUUGUGCUUUUUAAUAGGGUGCAAAAAGGUGCCUCUCACCAGUAAGUAUGUGAGAAGAGUCAAAGCUGCACUGAUGCCAGCACUGUACUGGUAACCAGCAACUGAGAGCAGGAUGUAUAGAUCUAGCUAUACAUCCUGACCUCAGAAACAAAGUCUGACAGUUACUGUAACCUUUACUUUGGCUGGGUAAAUUCACAAAGACAUAGCUAAUUCUCAUCCUGUUCUUUUUCCCUGCACCCAUUUGCGGCAGUACUUGCACUUUGUUUUCUAGCCUGCCUUGAUCUGGGUUUUUAACAGCCACUGGCCUUUUAGGAGCUGUUUAGAUCUGGGAUGCACGUGGAAGACUUUACUAUUCACCACCUAGUUCCUAUUGCUUCCUCCACCUCUCUGGAGCUUUUAUUUCCUUGGAGAAUGAGAUAAUGUGUUUAACUUCUCUUUUACUUAUUUAUUUCCUGCUCAGUCUGAAUAUCAGCAUCAGUCCUUGUAUAGAGAAAAAAUGGCACAAUCUUAGGUUUUAAUGUUUCUCCAUUCACAUGAUCCAUACAGAAGGCGGCUGUUGCACACUGUUAGAAUAGCGCGUCCUCACAGUUGCAUAGUGACCAAAAAUUCAACACAAAUAUCACUGUUAUUUCGGGAGCAGACGAGCCUUAGACACAGCAUUCCUCUGUGCCUGAGCUGCCACUGGAAUCUGGCUGGUACAACCCAGGACGUCCCCAUUUGUGAUCAGUACUACUCAUUUUGCACCUUUCAGGGCUACUUGCUCUGGGCUGCAGCAUUGAGGUGGGGACCUGCCCCUUACAAGCCAGAAGACAAUUCAGUUUAAAACUCUCUUUCAGUGUAUUUCUCCUCUGUUCAGGGAGAAACAAAACCAAAGUAACCCCACAAUGGUUUUUGUUCAGACUGAAGUAGCCCUUUCCUUUGUUCUUACACAUGUUCUUUGGCUUCAGUGUGGCUCCAGUUCAGGAAACCUGCAGAAGCUGCAUUUGCUUUGGUGCCUGCGUGGCUCUGUGAAACAGAUUGCUCUCAUGGAAGGAUCCUAUUGGAUUCACAUCACAGAACAGGUUGGAGCCAUUUGGAAGUUGCCCUGCAGUCGCAUCACACACAUCUGCAGCCGUGUUUGCUGUAGCACACGUACAACUGCCUUCUGGGUUGUUGCCUUCCCAGGGGAAAUCUUGGAAACCUUCCUGGACAACUUGACCGUGGUUGCCCCCCUCUCUCUGGUGCAUUGUAGGACUCGUCAGCUCCACAUUAUGUUCUUGGACAUAGAUGCUGCUUGACUUGAAAACCACAGGGUUUUCUUGUCUUUCAUUUUUUGUGCACUUCCUUCUCUUGUAACCACUGUCUUCCUUCUGCUGCACACAUGAACUAAAGGGACCUCUGAAACUCUUCACUUGAACAAGAACUUUUUGUCUUCAGCGAGAAUUUUGCUUGAGAUAGAACAUCAGGAUGUGGUCUGAAUUGUAGAAAAGUGGGUAUUAACUCCACCUCUCACUAAUUCAGUGCCUUCCCCCAUUCUACAUCUGCCUGUUACCUCAUUCUUGGGUGCAUUUCUUUUUCAGAGCAGGUUGGCUCUUAACUCCUGUGGUAAGGCAGCAGAAACAAAGGACUCUGUGUGGGAAUCUCAGCUGAGGGUUUGUCUGUUGUGGGGAAACAAACUAGCUAUCAGCUUUGGGGAUUUUGGUUCCAAGUGACUUUUGAGUCUUAUUUCCCUACUUUUUUGAUCUGCUUUAAUCACUUGAACUCACACAUUGGGGUUUUUUCCUAGAGGAGGGAACUAGUCCAUGCAAAAAAACCUCACUGGAGGAAGUCUGACCUUGGGAAGAAUUGUUCAGCUGAUCUUCAGUGACCCUUUCCAUAAUGCUCUUUAACUUGGGGAGACUUGGUUCUCACUGUUUGGAGUGGGUUUUUGCAGUUUUAUAGACUAGGUUUACGAACAGGCCUUUCAUUUCUAUUUUGAUCUUUGACUUUUCCUAUAGAACCAGCUCCUUAAAAAGCAGUGAAGGUGUUAUCUUCCUGUAUGCUCUCCUUGCAAUCCACUGUCUCACCUGGCAGGUUCCUUAAACUUGGUCUUGGCAUGCUGUCCACACAGGUCAGGCUUUUCUCCUUGCUGCCUUUGUUGUCUGGCCGGUUGGAGACUGUUGUAGCUGAGCCAUCACCCUAACUGGAAGGAAAGGAACAGCUGAUGCCUAAAGAGCAUGGAGCAAGAUUUUCCUUCCUGGGAUAUUUUGGGCAUUUCAUUGGCAAAUCUGCUGUGCCAGAAAGGGGUUUAAGGUUGGGGGAUUUUUCCUUCCUCAGCAUUAUUUUGUUCUAGAGUCUGAAGUGGUGUAAACUCUCCCUGUUUCUCCUUCUUUCCUUUGGAAAACUAACUCACAAAUAGGUGUUCCAUUUUGAUAACUGUAUUAUUGCCUGUGGUGUGUGAGGAGUUCUGUUCUCAGCUGAUAUAAGUCAGCACAGUCUGCUUAGAGGUACUAUAUGGACUCUGUAGUGAUUCUGUGGGGCUUUGUGCCAGUUUUAGGAAAGAGCAUUGUCUUCUAAGUGUCAGAUUUUUAAAGGCAGUUGGAUAUUUAAGUGUGUGAAUAAGGAUGGGGCCUGGCUCAUUUUAAUUAAGUGAAAGUAAGUGCCUGCACUUAGGAGAAAUCCCACCAGACCACUGGUGAUUUGAGUGUUCUGCUCUUUGCUGUGGUACUUCCCUGACUUAAAUGCUGAGAUUUAACUUUCAGAGACAAUUUAAGGUCUCACUACUUCGCUUUCAGAAUCAGGAUCACCUUUCCAUGUUUAUUAGAUGCUCUUGGAAAUGUCAUCCACUGUCUUUUAAACUGGAGGGCUAGAAAUGGGAGUAGAACA